AUGGCUUCUGCUUCCGCCCCACAUAAUGCCGCCGCUGUAACCGUUGAUGAUGACGAUGCACGCGAAGCUUUCAUCAACUACGGCGGUGCCUACUGGAUGAAUCCCGUUCCGCGCGGCGUGUCCCGCUUCCGCACCACUUGCACUACGAUGAAGGCAUCGGACGCCGUAGACCCAUUCGGUAACCCCAAACAGCCUGAUAUGCCCGACUUGUUCGGCAAGUCGCGCUACACCGCCACGGGCACCAGACUGAGGGCAGCCCAGGAUGACACAGUUGAUGCACAUGUGGCAUCGGCCGGCGUUGAAGGAGAUGCAAAGAGCUCUGGGGAAGGAGGGCCGAAUGGAGAGCCGGACUCUUCCGUCUUGCUCGGCGGCACUGCAGCUAUUUCUGCUGCCCCUAACGGAGACAAGGAGCCCUACUCGACGGAGGAUAUGGUCCGUGAAAAACUCCCGCUUGACACUGCCAACCCAGAGCGCCGUCUCCUCCAUCCAGGCAACAACACGGAGCGCAUCCCACCCACAGGUGGGUCUGAGUACAACGGUACCGUUAAUCUCACGUGGACGGCACCAAAGGCGGUCGACAACACUUACCUGCGUCUUGCCCCGCUGUACGAGAGCACGACACACUACCAGCUUCGCACCGGACCCUUCUACACAGAGGAUGAGGCACCGCCACACGAAAUGACACUUCCACUUAAGAGGUCCCUUAGCAAACGGGAGUGGUAG